GGAGUUGGAGGAGGUCUUGGGGUCUGAGGGUCUGGGGGUCUGGGGGGUUCUGCAGAGUCUGGUUUUCGACUGGUUUUGUGUUUGCGACUCGGAGGAGGAUGAAGCCGCUUCAGCUCUCGGUUCUGCUUGCUCUCCAGGUGUUGAUUUGUACUAAGGGGGAUGUGGUCGAUGUGGGAGGGGUCAAGGAUGGUGCCAGCAUCCCGGAGCUGAGUGACUUGUGCACUGAAGGGAGCUGUUACCCAGCAACCGGAGAUCUUCUGAUUGGUCGAGCCCACCAACUGUCCUCCACCUCCACAUGUGGACUGAACCGACCAGAACCGUUUUGCAUUGUCAGCCACUUACAGGAAGAGAAGAAGUGCUUCAUGUGUGAUUCGGCAGCAUCGUAUAACGAGGACGGGAAUAAGACGAGCAGUCAUCGUAUCGAGAACGUUGUCACCACAUUUGCUCCGAACAGGCUGAAGACCUGGUGGCAGUCUGAGAACGGGGUCGAGAAUGUCACAAUCCAGCUGAAUCUUGAGGCUGAGUUUCACUUCACACAUCUCAUCAUGACCUUUAAGACAUUUCGUCCUGCUGCCAUGGUGAUUGAACGCUCAGCGGACUUUGGUAAGACAUGGCAGGUUUACCGUUACUUUGCCUACGACUGUGAGACGUCCUUCCCCUCAGUUUCAUUGGGUCCGAUGCAGAAGGUCGACGACGUUAUCUGUGACUCGCGUUACUCCGACAUUGAACCAUCCACUGAAGGAGAGGUGAUUUUCAGAGUGUUGGAUCCAGCAUUCAGGAUUGAUGACCCCUAUAGCCCCAGAAUCCAGAAUAUGCUGAAGAUCACUAACCUGAGGGUGAAGUUCACCAAACUCCACACGCUGGGAGACAACCUGCUGGACUCUCGGAUGGAAAUCAAAGAGAAGUACUACUACGCCGUCUAUGACAUGGUGGUCCGAGGAAACUGUUUCUGCUAUGGACAUGCCUCAGAGUGUGCCCCCAUCCAAGGAACUGGCCAGACCAGGGAGGGCAUGGUUCAUGGACACUGCAUGUGUAACCACAACACCAAAGGUCUGAACUGUGAACAGUGUCAGGAUUUCUACCAUGAUCUCCCCUGGAGACCGGCUGAGGGACGCAACACCAACGCCUGCAAGAAGUGUAACUGUAACCAGCACUCUGAGUCGUGUCAUUUCGACAUGGCUGUGUUCGUGGCUUCAGGAAAUGUCAGUGGAGGAGUUUGUGACGACUGUCAACACAACACUGCCGGACAUAACUGUGAACAAUGUAAACCAUUUUACUACCAACACCCAGAGAGAGAUGUCAGAGACCCCAACAUCUGCCAGCCCUGUAACUGUGACCCACUGGGUUCCCUUAAUGGAGGAAUAUGUGACCGGGCGACGGACGUCCGCGUUGGUCUGAUCGCUGGUCAGUGUCGCUGUAAAGUCAACGUGGAAGGAGAACGCUGCGAGCACUGCAAACCGGCGUAUUAUGACCUGAGUGAUGAGCCUGAAGGAUGUAAAGCUUGUACCUGCAGCCCCCUCGGGACCUUUCCUGGAGGAAACCCCUGCAGCAGCGAAACGGGAAAUUGUUUCUGUAAACGUCUGGUGACUGGACGAGACUGUGACCAAUGUGUGUCAGAACACUGGGGUCUCAGCAACGACAUGGACGGCUGUAGACCAUGUGACUGUGACCUGGGAGGAGCCAUUAAUAACCAGUGUGAUCAAGUGAGUGGCCAGUGUGUCUGCAGAGAUCACAUGUUUGGUCGUCGCUGUGAUCAGGUCGAGUCAGGAUUCUACUUCAUCGGUCUGGAUCACUACACCUACGAGGCAGAGGACGCCAAGUUUGGACCUGGAGCAACAGUUGUCCCAAGGCCCCACCCUCUGGACCGCAGUCCCACCUGGACAGGUAUUGGCCUGGUCAACGUCCCAGAGGGAGCUUUCCUGGAGUUCUCUGUAGACAACAUACCUCACUCCAUGGAGUAUGACAUCCUCAUCCGCUAUGAGCCUCAGCUGCCCGACCAAUGGGAGGAAGUUUUAAUGACAGUGUUGAGGCCUGGACCAAUCAGAGCCGACAGCCGCUGUGUCAACACAGUGCCUGAUGACGACAACCAGAUGACGUCACUUCACCCCAGCUCACGGUAUGUGGUUCUUCCCAGACCAGUUUGCUUUGAAUCAGGCCUGAACUACACAGUGCGCCUCAGCCUGCCUCUGUACUCAGCCCUGAGUGACGUCCAGUCUCCGUACACUCUAAUCGACUCGAUCGUGUUGAUGCCUCACUGUAAAAACCUGGACAUCUUCACGGCCUCAGAGGGAGGAGACUCCAACAGGAACAGCGGCUGGGAAACGUUUCAGCGCUAUCGAUGUCUGGAGAACAGCCAGAGUGUCAUCAAGACUCCAAUGACCGACAUCUGCAGAAACUUCAUCUUCAGCAUCUCGGCCAUGUUGCAUCAAGGAGCUAAAGAAUGCCAGUGUGACCCUCAGGGCUCCCUCAGCACUGUGUGCGACCCCAGCGGAGGUCAGUGUCAGUGUCGCCCCCAUGUGGUGGGGAGGAGUUGUGACAGAUGUGCCCCCGCCACGUUCCAGUUCGGACCCAGCGGCUGCAGAGCAUGUGCCUGCGACCCUCAGGGAUCACGCAGCCCGUUCUGUGAUCAGCUGACCGGUCAGUGUCUUUGUGUUUCGGGGGCGUCUGGUCGUCAGUGUGAUCACUGUCUGCCAGGGCACUGGGGCUUCCCCACCUGCCGACCGUGCUCCUGCAACGGCCACUCCGACACCUGCGACACCGAAACCGGACGCUGCACAGACUGCAAGGACCACAGCACUGGACACAGCUGUGACAGGUGUCUGGGUGGUUACUACGGCGAUCCCGUCUUAGGGUCAGGUGACCACUGUCGACCCUGCAUGUGUCCAGAUGGACCCGGCAGCUCACGCCAGUUUGCAGCAAGCUGUUACCAUGGUGACGAAGACCAGCAGGUCUUCUGUGUCUGCAACACAGGAUACCGAGGUGCUCGCUGUGAUGAGUGCUCACCUGGUUACUACGGAAACCCCAGUGAGGCGGGGGGGCAGUGUCAGCCCUGUCAGUGCAACAACAACAUCGACAUAUUGGACCCAGAGUCCUGCGACAGCCGAACCGGCGAAUGUCUGCGCUGCUUGUACCACAGCGAAGGCCGGGCCUGCCAGAGUUGCAAGCCGGGUUACUACGGCAACGCACUACUGCAGGACUGCAGGAAGUGCGUCUGUAACCAGCUGGGCACCGAUCCUUCCAGCUGUUCGUCUGGCGACUGCCGCUGUGACCUCAGCCUUGGUCAGUGUCACUGUUUACCCAACGUGAUCGGUCAACACUGCGACCGCUGUGCUCCUGACACCUGGAACAUGGCGAGCGGCAGCGGCUGUCAGAACUGUGACUGCAACCCUGAACACUCGUAUGGGACGACCUGUAACGAGAUCAGUGGUCAGUGCUCCUGUCACCCUGGCUUUGGAGGAAGAACAUGCAGCGAGUGUAGAGAACUGUUCUGGGGAGACCCAGAAAUCAAAUGUCACGCCUGUGACUGUGACCCUCGUGGGAUCUCUGAGCAGCAGUGUAAUAAAGCCAGCGGCCAUUGUGUUUGUGUGGACGGCGUGUCGGGGCCGCGCUGCGACGUCUGCGCCCGCGGAUUCUCAGGAACCUUCCCCGACUGCCAGCGCUGCCACCAGUGCUUCUCUGAGUGGGACGACAUCAUUGGCAAGCUGACCAAUCAGACGCACCGACUGGUCAACAAGGUCAACACUAUCAAAGCCAGUGGAGUCAGUGGACCAUACAAGAAGUCCAUCAACAACAUGGAGAGGACUGCCGCCAACAUUCAGCUCAUUCUGGACCAGAACCCAGCCUCACAGCCACUGACCGAGAUCCAGAACCUGCUGCAACAGGCCAGUGAUCUAAUGGGGGCCCUGAGUCAAACAUUGAAUCACACUGAAGAAACUCUGGCUGAGGUGGAAAACCAGGACUCUGCUGCAGAAACUAAAUUAGAAUCUGUGACAUCAGAUGCUCAGAAACUGGAGCGGACGGUUCAGGAGCUGUUGGACCAGGUCGAGUUCAUCAAGAACUCUGAUAUCAGAGGGGCGAUGGAAAGUGUCUCCAAGUACUUCCUGCAGUCUCAGGCGGCGGAAACUCGAGCCAACGACUCCACCCUCAGCACAGGCAGCCCAGUGGAAACAUCCGCCGUCCUACGACAACUCACAGAGGACAAACUGAACCAGACCAGAGACGAGUUCCUGAGGAGACAAUCUGAGCAUGCUCAGAGACUGGACGACCUGGCAGGAGAACUACAGACGCUCGACCUAUCAGAGAUCAGCCACAAGACCUGCGGCAGUCCCUCUUCAGGUCAGGAAUCGUGCUGGUCCUCUUCCUGUGGAGGUCUGGGCUGUGUGGACUCAGAGGGUCAGACCAAGUGUGGAGGAGAAGGAUGUGACGGUGCAGUGACAGCAGCCAACAACAUCUGGAAGACAGCUCAAGAAUCUGAACAGAAAAUCGUCAGUGCCAUGGAGGAAGUGGGGAAACUCUCCAGAAUGGUAUCAGAGGUGAAGAUGCAGGCGGAUGAGGCAAAGCUUAGCGCUCAGGAUGUUCUGAUGAAGACCAACAGUACCAAACAGAAAGUCGACCGGAGCAAUGAGGAGCUGAGGAGCCUCAUCAGACAGAUCAGAGACUUCCUCACACAGGAUGCUGCAGACCUGGAGAGCAUCGAGUUGGUGGCUAAUGAAGUUCUGGCCAUGCAGAUGCCAACUACUCCAGCUCAGCUGCAAAACCUGACGGAUGAGAUCCGGCAAAGGGUGGGAGAAUUGGGGCAAGUGGAGAUGAUCUUGCAGCAGAGCUCUGAUGACAUCCAGAGAGCCGAGAAUCUGCUGGACCAGGCCCGUCGAGCCAGUGAGGAGGCGGCCAGCGUGAAGGACUCUGCAGAGAAAGUGAAGCUAGCUCUGGAAGAAGCUGAGAGAGCUCAGACAGCUGCAAGCAACGCCCUCCAGCAGGCCACUACCAACAUCCAGAACACCAACAGUCUACUGUCCUCUGUGGAGUCAGAGACUGCAGAUGCAGAGCUGAAGCUGUUUAAUGCCACCCAGAGGCUGCAGAGGCUUGAGAAGGACGUGACGCUGCUUCGAGACAAAACUGUGAACAUCACAGUGAGCACAGAACUGACCAAUCAGGAUGCAGAGAGCAUUGGAAAGAUUGCAGACGAGGUCAAGAAGGAGCUGGACUCAGAACUAAAGGAGAAGUAUGCCACAGUGGAGCAGCUGAUUGAUCAGAAGGCAGGGGGCGUGGCCAAUGCUAAGAAGAGGGCGAAGACACUGCAGCAGGAAGCCAAAGAGCUGUUGCUGCAAGCCAGUAACAAGCUUCAGCUGCUUAAAGAUUUGGAGAAGUCAUAUGAAGACAACCAGCGCACCCUAGAGGUGAAAGCAGAGCAGCUGGUGGAGCUGGAGGCAGCGGUGAAGGAGCUGCUGCAAGAGAUCAGCCACAAGGUCACAGUCUACAGCACCUGUUUGUUCUAGGUUCAAAACUGAGUUCAGUGUAGAGACCAUUUCAGCAGGACUCACAUUUACUCAGAAGACAAUCACAACCAAAAGCAUUAAACUCUGAUCUUCAUACAACCUCUAGAUUCUUUGACAAUCAGAACAAAAACGAAACAAAUGAAAGAUCAUAUCCGAUUCUCAUAUUUUAGUGAAACCAAAGGUUUCCUCUUAGAUAAUAUUGGCUGGUUUAUCGAAAAAUAAAAUGAAUGUUCUUUGAAUGUAACCCAUUGUUAAACCAUGUGACUGCAACGUUUUCACUCCAUUUUAACGCUUUUUUUAUUUUCUAUAUGACCAAAACAUUGUAGCUAUUGCAGCUAAAUAUUAUGAAUAAAAAUGUCCAUUAAAAUCA